AAUAUGACAAGUUUCUUGCACACAACAGAACACGUACCACAAAGUACACACAUGACACAAGAGUCAACGACAGACAGACGGAAGACAUGAAGAGAAUCUGCCGCGGCGGAGAUCACCUAGAGAUGCAAAAGAAGACAGUCGACGCCGGUGUAUCAGGAGGAGAAGGAGGAGAAGGAAUCACCAGCGGGGGCUGCGGGACGCCGGUGUCGAUGGUACUCGAUGACGAUCACCAUCACGUUCACAUGGAUCUGCAAGAGUUGCCCGAAGGAUGCAUAGCUAACGUCGUCUCCUUAACGACGCCUCGAGACGCGUGCAGGUUUUCGGCGGUGUCUAAGAGUUUCAUGUCGGCUGCUGAUUCCGACGCUGUUUGGGACAAGUUCCUUCCCCCUGAUAUCCCCUCCAUCCUAUCUCACUCCUCCUCCUCCUCCUCCACCUUCUCCUCCUCCAAGAAGAAGCUUUACCUCACUCUCUGCGAAAACCCUGUCCUCGUUGACGACGGAAAAAUGAGUUUUACUCUGGACAAAUGGAGUGGGAAAAAAUGUUACAUGAUAUCGCCGAAGGACCUUAUUAUUAUUUGGGGUGAUAAUCCUGAGUACUGGAAAUGGAUUUCUCUUGCCAACUCCAGGUUUGAGGAGGUGGCUGCGCUUGUAGUUGUUUGGUGGCUUGACAUCCGUGGCAAAAUUGAUACACGGAUUCUUUCCCCCUCCACUGUCUACAAAGCUUAUCUUGUGUUCAUGUUAAGUGAAAGGGCUAGAGGAUUUGAUCGUGACGAUCCCUCGGAGGUCAAGAUAGGACUUUUUGGGAAAGAAGAGACUAGUAGUAAGCGCACUGUGUUUCUGGGCCAAGAAAGGAGCCGAAAGAAAAGGCCUGACGGCUGGCUGGAGGUGGAGAUUGGAGAGUUCUUCUGUCCAGGAGAAGAAAAUGGGGGGUUAAUGGAGAUGACAUGUAGGGAUUUUGACAUUCAUAGAAUGAAGAGAGGCCUUAUUGUUCAAGGGAUUGAAGUCAGGCCCAAAAGAGUGUAGAAAGUUGAACUUUUUCUAAGGACUUACAUGUAAUAGGUGCAUUGUCGAUGUUACAUAUUAGGAAAAUUACUAGUAAGAGAAACAAAAAGGCUCAUUGUAUUAUAAUUUUGUUGAUAAAAUGGUUGCAAUUGCUCAUCUUUGAACUA